AUGUCGCUGGCCUGCGGCCUGCCGCUGCUCGAGUGCGUCUACUGCCUCGCGUGCGCGCGCUGGGCAUGGAAGCGCUGCCUCCACAGCGGCGAGGUCGACAGCGCCACCUGGGGCCUCGCCUCCGCCGCAGACUUCGAGCCCGUGCCGCGCAUGUGCCGCCUCGUCAUGGCCAACUACGAGCCCGACCUCUCCCCCUCCGCGCCGCUCCUCUUCGCGCCGCCCGGGCCCGGCGGAUACGGCAUCGACCCCGCCUGCGUCCUCCGCCGCUGGACCUACGCCGACACCCGCGGCCGCGUCACGCCCUACCUCCUCUACCUCGACCACGCGCACGCCGACAUCGUCCUCGCGCUCCGCGGGCUCAACCUCGCCAAGGAGUCCGACUACGCGCUCCUCCUCGACAACCGCCUCGGCAAGCGCCGCUUCGACGGCGGCUACGUCCACAACGGCCUCCUCAGGGCCGCCGCCUGGGUGCUCGACGCCGAGUGCGACAUCCUGAAGGAACUCCUCGAGAGGUACCCCGACUACACGCUCACCUUCACGGGUCAUUCGCUGGGCGCCGGCAUCGCAGCCAUGCUCACCAUGGUCGUCGUGCUCAACCUCGACAAGCUUGGCAACGUCGACAGGACCCGCACGCGCUGCUACGCCAUGGCGCCGGCCAGGUGCAUGUCACUCAAUCUCGCCGUCAGAUACGCCGACGUUAUCAACUCGGUUGUCCUUCAGGACGACUUCUUGCCCCGGACGGCUACUCCUCUUGAAGACAUUUUCAAGUCAAUCCUCUGCUUGCCAUGCCUCCUAGGUUUGAGAUGUUUGAGAGAUACAUGUAUACCCGAAGACGCUAUGCUAAAGGAUCCAAGGAGGCUUUAUGCACCAGGCCGGAUUUAUCACAUAGUGGAAAGAAGAAUGUGCAGGUGCGGAAGAUAUCCACCUGUAGUCAAAACAGCUGUGCCGGUGGAUGGUAGAUUUGAGCACAUAGUUCUUUCCUGCAACGCCACAGCGGACCAUGGCAUUAUUUGGAUUGAGAGGGAGGCCCAGAAGGCUUUGGAUCUGAUGCUGGAGGAGGAGGACACGCUGGCAGUGCCAUCGGAGCAGCGGAUGGAGCGGAACGAAACCCUGCAGAAGGAGCACGUGGAGGAGCACAGGGCCGCUCUGCGCCGGGCCGUCACGCUGUCGGUGCCAGACGCGCGGUCACCAUCCCCGUACGGUACGUUUGACGAUGUCGGGCAGCAUCACCACCAGCCGGAGAGGAGCGAGAGCUUCCCGCCGGCGGGGCCCAGGCAGCGCAUGAGCUGGAACGAUCUGAUCGAGCGGGUGUUCGACAAAGACGAGGACGGCCAGAUCGUGCUGCGCAGCUCGGUUCUUCUCUGA